ACUUCAACCUAUAUAUACAACCCCUUCUUGCACAAGUAGCAAUCACCUCCACAAAUUUACCCCAAAUCUCCAUUUCUCUGAUAUACACAAACCUGCAAUGGGUGUGAGCAGUUACAGUGAUGAGUACAGUUCCACAAUCCCUCCAGCCAGGCUCUUCAAAGCCUUGAUUCUUGACUCUCACAAUCUCAUCCCAAAACUCAUGCCAUUGGCUAUUCAAAGCAUUGAAAUUAGUGGUGAUGGAGGAGCUGGCACCAUCAGGCAGAUCAACUUUGCUGAAGGUAGCCAAGUUAAGUUCAUCAAGAACCGGGUGGAUGAGCUUGAUGAAAAGAAUUUUUCGUUCAAAUACAGUUUGAUUGAAGGUGAUGGAAUGAUGGACAAGCUUGAAAAGAUUUCAUAUGAAGUUAAAUUUGAGGGCACUGCAGAUGGUGGAAGCAUGAACAAGAUGACGAGCACUUAUUACACAAAGGGUGAUUUUGUGCUAACCGAAGAGGAAAUCAAGGCAGGCAAAGAGAAGGCCUUGGCUAUGUACAAAGUAGUGGAAGCCUAUCUUCUUCAGAAUCCUGAUGCUUAUGCUUAACUGAUGGUUGGAGGUGAGAGUAGUUGGACAUCUGGGCUGUUUCGGCGUGUUUAAUUUGGGUGUGGGUAUAAUUGCCUUAAUAAGGAUUGGAAUUCAUCCAACUGUUGAUGUGGGUCUACUUGUAAUGUUUUCUCUUCCUUUAAUGUAAAAGGGAGUCAAGGAUGACUUGUCUUUAUUUGAAACUACAA